AUGAGAAUAGUGGAUGAUGUAGUGGAUGAUGUAGUGGAUGAUGUAGUGGAUGAGAAUACAUACAUCACAUUUCACAUUCCUAGGAAAACCAAUUGUGGGUUGGGUGGAGAACAGUCACGGUGGGAGGCUGCUGCUGAUGCUGCUGCUGCUGACCUGGUCCGCUUACCUGGGGACACCUUGCUGGCUGCUGCAUCUCUGGCCUACCUUCCACCUCACCAACCACAUGUUAGAGACCAGUUGGUAGAAGACUGGUGCUUAGCGGUGAAGGCCUCGGAGCUGGAGGUAACUGACUCCUUCAGCUUGGUGGAUGCACUUGCGCCAGCCUUGCAGAUCCGUGCCUGGGGCCUCGAGGGUCUGCCCACUGAUUCAUUCUCGCUCCAGAAUGCGACCAUCAUCAAACACUCUGUGAAAUGGCCUCUGCUAGUUGAUCCUGACGACCAGGGCACACGGUGGAUACAGCAGCACGAAGCCCCAAAUGGCCUGGAAGUUAUCCAGGAACAAGACUUUGAUAAGAUAAUUCCCCAGGGACUGGGUGGAGCACGGGUGACCGUGUUACAGGACGCUCUUACUCGCUGUGUGCCAAAGGGUCAGCCACUCUUGCUUCUCGACCUGUCAGGAGAUCCACCACCUAACAUGACAAACAUAAUCAACCGCAUCACAACUGAAGAAGGUGGCGUCCGUGUAGUAAAUGUAGGAACCCUCACUCUCCACUACAACAAUAAUUUCCGGUUAUAUUUGGCUACUAGACAACCACGACCACACCUGUCACUGGAGACGGCGUCUGCUCUGACUGUCGUCAAUUUUACUGUCACUGUUCAUGGUCUGCAUGAUAACCUGAGACAGAUUCUUGUCAGGAAAGAGCGGCCGGAAUUAGAGGACGAACGUCAGAAACUUGUGAUGACAACAUCUUCGUACCAGCGUGCGCUACAAGGUACCGAGGAACGUAUCCUUCAUACCCUCUCUUCUGUCCAGGGUAAUAUUCUGGAGUCUGAAGAAGCUAUUAUGAUACUACAAGACACAAAGAAAAUGUCUGACGAGAUCAAACAUAAAGAAGAGCAGUGCGUAGAGACAGAAGCUGCACUGCUGCUGUGCUGUCAGCAGUAUGAAGCUGUGUCCAAGCCUGCAGCUGCACUCUACAUCACUCUGACGAGUCUUAAUGCACUCUCUCAUAUGUACCAGUUCUCGUUAAGCUGGUACAUUAAUCUAUAUAUCUCCGUUAUAGAGAAUACCGGGAAGAGCUCAGUAUUAGAGCGUCGACUGAGUCUAUUGCGGGAGUCUCUGGUGAAUGAGGUUCACUCAGCUGUGGUGUGUGGUCUGGCUGCUGCUCACAGACUACCCUUCACCUUCUUAAUAACUCUCCAUGUCCUCAGAGUGUCUGGAAGUGUUGAUCCAUGUGAGGAGGCUUUGUUGCACCACCUAACGUCAAGCAGAAGCGGCACUGCUGCAGCAGCACCUCCAAAAUGGCUCCCACCUUCACUAAUUCAAGCCUGGCCUGCACUCUCUCACCUGAUGACUUUACCUACGUUCCAAGAGCUGGAAGUGAGCUUAGAGAAAGAUAGAGCAGCCUGGGAGAGAGUCGUGCUCAACAGUGUGCCAGAGAAGUGUGUGCUGCCACCACCCUGGAGUCACCUCCCACACAUACCUUGGCUCAUACUUAUUUCUGCCAUCAGACAAGAUAAGGUGCGGUAA